AUGUCAAGCAUAUCACCAUUUGAAGACUACUGCAUUGUCUGUGAAAACCAGACCUCCUCUGGAUCUCUCUACUGCUCAGAAAACUGCCGCUCUAAUGAUUGUUCGGCCCCGGUGGAUAUUUCUUCGCCUUUGCUCAAGCCUCAAGAGUCUACUCAGAUACAGGAGAACCAGAUACGUGACCUCUCAUAUGAAUCGCCUUUGCUCAGUUCAAACUGUCAUUGCUCUGAAUUGGAGGAUGAGAAGUUAGACUUGAACAGUAUGACCGUGACGAGGUCCAUCAAGGAUCUCCUCUCGUCGACAUCUUUGAACUAUCAGAAAUGGUUGUUGUCUACGACAAUCAGUUGA